AUGGCAGACAAGGUUUCUCCUGUCCAGCAUUUCCACAUCACUCACUUACCAUCCCUGGCCCCUUCCAUAUACCUCGCGCCUGCCGCCUGCAGCCACUUUGACGUGCCUGUCACUCUGCCAGAGUUAUCUCUGGGGAAAGCUGUGAAGGGGCCAGGGAUUGGCCUGCUUGGUUACUCCAAAGGAGGCGAACUGUCUCUCGCCAUGGCUGCCUUCCUGAAGAACAUCACAGCCAUUUGCUUCCUCAAUGGCCCUGUGGCUGCUACAUUUAUUCCUCUCUGUUACAAGGAUAAAACCAUCCCCAUUUUGACCAUACAUAUCAAGGUCACCGAUUCCAAUAUUCUUGAUUGUUCUGAUGUCCUUAUUGACCCUUUUCAAGCCCCUGGCAACCGAAGCCUGAUCCCAAUAAAGAAAGCUGAGGCACAGCUACUAUUCAUCAUGGGACAAGAUGACCAUGUUGUCAAAAGAAAGUAUUAUGCUACUGAAGUCUGCAAGCUUUUGCAGGCUCAAGGGAAGGAAAAUUUUCAGAUUCUCUCCUACCCUGGAACAGGGCACUGCAUAGACCACCUUUUUCCUUUGUACCCCAUAGGAAACCAUCCCGUUUUUCACAAGCGGGCAGUCGUGGGUGAGGAGUUCGGGGCUUAUUCUAAAGCUCAGGUUCUUGCUUGGCCACAGAUCCAGGCUUUUUUCCAGAAAUAUUUAAAUGACAAGUAAUGUGCAACAAGUGAUGUGCAAGCAACACACAACUUUGAACAACCAGAUCUAAUAAAUUCUGUUACAGUUAUCAAUCUAACAGCUUGUUUCAGCUGUACAACUACAGUAUCUUCCAGGACUUUACGCAUCCAUGACUCAGAAAAGAAAGGGGUUUGCC